AUGAAUAAUUUACAUGAUCAUUAAACUUAGUCUCUAAAAUAUGAACAUAUGAUUGAUUUCGAUAUGUAAAAUAUUGUAGGAUUUAUAGUAAAUCAUUUUUAUUAAAUUUAUAGCUAUCAAAAGAUUUAAAAUAUAUUGUCAUUAUUACUCAUUCUUAAUAAGAUAUCUAAACCUUAUAAAUUAGAAUAUAUCAAACAUAAUCAUUUUAAUUGAUUAUUACUUUUAAUAUUUCUCAAAUCAACUUAAAAAUAGAUAAAAUUUUCUUUUCAAAUGAUUCAUCCUAUCUAUAUUAUUACUCUCAUUUUAAUCAUUUGAAUUUACUUAAUUUAUAAGACCUAACAUUCAAAACUAUACUCAUGGAUAUUUAAUCAAAAAACUAAAAACAUUACUUUUGUGGAUUAACAUUAUUCAUAAAAGAAGAAUAGAAAUUGCAUAUCUAUAAUAUCUAAAAUUAAUAGAAAAUUGAAUAACUUCGUUUUGAAUUCCCUUUUUCACAUUUUAUACCAUUUUCUAGCAAUUAAUAUUUUGUAAUGAAUGAUACAUAAUAAACUUUAGAAGUAUGGUUUAAUUAUUAAUACUAUUUUAAAAAUAAAAUAUCAAAGUAGUUUUCAAAGAUACCUAAUAAAAUAGUAUUGAUUAAGAAUCAUCUUAUUCUUUGUGUAUUUAUGUUUAGAAGUAUUUAAUUCUUAUCUUAAAAUAAUUUUCAUAUCCUUAUGAAUAUUUAAUUCAUAAAUUAUUUUAUGAAUCAGCAACUCUAUAUUGAUGAUAAAAUCACAAUAAUUAGGGCUUAAAACCAUCCUCCAAAAUUAGAAUAAAUUAAUUUAUUCCCAUAAAUCUCUAAUAGUUAAUUAUUACUUGAAAAUGAUUUUCUAGAAUAAUUUGAUAUUCAUGAAUAAACAUCGAAACUACUUAUUGGUAUAAAUUUUAAGGAGUCAGCCAAUUUUAAAUUGAAAAUUUAUAAAUUAUAAUUUUGA